AAGGAUGUGAACUGUCCACAGACACUCAGCUGUCCUGCCUGGGACUCACUGGAGUGGGAGUACCAGUACUAUCUAUAUUACCAUUCCUUUCAGCAUGCCACAGGAAUACUAUUCCUCCUUGCUGCAGACUUUCAAUCAAGUGGAUGCCUCAACUUUAAGUACUCAUUUAGUACCCAAAAUCUGCCUCAAAUUUAAAUAUGGACAUGGACUUAAUACUGGGGGCAAUCUGCAGUCAUAGACAACAUGGAUUUAUGAAAUGGAACUUUACAUCUGUGGGGAAAAUGUGCUGUGGACCUGUUGCCACUGCAAGCUUGCACUUUGCUUAUACUUGUUUCUACAGCUUUACUUAAAGUUUGUACACCAGUACAGUAGAAAUGAAGACAUGCCAUAGAUGUGUCAAUAUCAUUGACAGCCAUGGAGGCAAGACUGUCUCAAUAUCAUAUACACAGCCAGGUAUGGUCCACCGGCAAUAAGACCUACACCCCAGAGAACAGGACCAUGGAUUAUUACUACUACAACCACUCCUGGCCCGAAGAUCCAGGGUAUCUUUUCCCAGUGCCAGUCCUCACAGGGAUAACUGUUACCUGUGUAUUCCUGUUCAUCAUCGGGAUAUUUGGGAAUAUCAUGACUAUGUUGGUGGUGUACAAGUACAAAGAUAUGAGGACUACAACCAAUCUCUAUCUGUCUAGUAUGGCUUUUUCAGACCUGCUCAUCUUUGUGUGCAUGCCACUUGACCUGUACAGACUAUGGCAGUACCGACCCUGGAAUUUUGGGAGCCUCUUGUGUAAGCUCUUCCAAUUUAUCAGUGAAAGUUGCACUUACUCCACAAUCCUCAAUAUCACUGCCCUUAGUGUGGAGAGAUAUUUUGCCAUCUGUUUUCCUCUGAAGGCCAAGGUGGUAAUCACCAAGGGCAGAGUAAGGCUGGUAAUCUUUGUGCUCUGGGCAGUGUCUUUUGUCAGUGCCGGACCCAUCUUUGUUUUGGUUGGGGUUGAACAUGAGAAUGGUACCAAUCCCUUUGAGACAAAUGAAUGUAAAGCUACAGAGUAUGCUGUGAAGUCUGGUCUACUUACUAUCAUGGUCUGGACAUCCAGUGUCUUCUUCUUCUUACCAGUCUUCUGCCUCACUGUUCUCUACAGUCUUAUUGGAAGAAAACUGUGGAGGAGGAAGCGGGACACUAUAGGACCAUGUGCCUCCCACAGGGACAAGAAUAACAGGCAGACUGUAAAAAUGCUAGCUGUCGUGGUAUUUGCCUUCAUCCUGUGUUGGUUGCCCUUCCACGUGGCUCGCUACUUGUUUUCCAAGUCUUUUGAAGCCGGAUCCUUGGAAAUUGCUCUGAUAAGUCAAUACUGUAACUUGGUUUCCUUUGUGCUUUUCUACCUGAGUGCUGCCAUCAACCCAAUUUUAUAUAACAUUAUGUCAAAAAAAUACCGCGUGGCUGCUUGCAGACUAUUCAAACUAAAGAAGAUCUCCCGUAAAGCACCUUACACCACAAAUGAUGAGAGUUCUCCUGCCUGGACAGAGUCUAAUGUCAGCACAUGACAAAGAAUACUUGGGCUACGUGGACAACACUGAAGUCAUAAUAUGCCAACAAACACAUUGUAGGAGCCACGUAAUGCAUUGUGUAUUUAUUGUUUGCACAUAAUGGAACCAAGAAUUAUCUCAGGUUGCUGUUGGUAUGUGAUGGUAAUUGAGACUGAUCUAAUGUACCCAUUGAACCCCAUUAUGACCAUACUCUAGAGUAGUUAUUUUUUCUUCUCAACAAAAUAUUAUUUUUUGUAUUGGUUUCUCAUAGGAGUGCUUAAAAAAACUAAGUUUCCCUGAUGACGUUUUGGUACAUUUGCAGAGUGUUUAAUAAGCUAUAACUUACUUGUGCUGCUAUGAACUGUCUGUAACGCAUUGUACUGUUUCAUGCUGUGGUUUAAAUGUCCAGAGACUAGAUGUCUAAUUUUUCAUUACAGUAUAGACUUUUGAUGUAGUGUGGCAAGAGAGAGGAAAAUAAAGACUCUAAAACAAUA